AUGUCGUCGAUCACGUUUUCGAAAGAGACCCUGUCAACUAUGGAGAGCAGUGCAGAGCAAGAAGAGAAAAGAAUGGUAAAAUCAAAGCGUGAGGAGCUGGACGCGCUUGAAAAGAGCGAAGUGUGGCGCUUGGCGCUCCGAUCAAGCAACAGCAACGUUUUCCACAGCAAAUGGGUCUUCAAGACCAAGACGACCACCGAUAUAAACUUGGAAAGGCACAAAGCGCUCCUCGUUGCCUGA